GCCGGCUUUGGAACCAGAAUAAAGCUUGGUUCCGCCCGCCGGCGUGGUUCACGGAGAAUGAGGGGUGGCGCGGGGAGGAAGAUUUGAUGCCGCAGACGUUUACGGGGGAGAGGGCGCCGCCGACAAGUAUGUGGAAGUUGGCGUUUACAGUUAAUAUGAUGGUGUUGAAUACGCUGUUGCAGGCUGUGCUUUGUUUCUUUAUGUGGCAUUAUAAUCGGUUGGAUCGACCGACGUGGGCGACGGGAACGUUUAUUGCGCUGGGGUGUGGGGUUGCGAUGUUCGCGGGGAUAAUGUCGUGGUGGGAGGGGAGGAAGGUGAAGAAGAUUGAGGGCCCGGAGAUUAAGAUU